AGGAGAGAGGUGCCAUGUGCUUCCUGUCUACACGCCAUUCACCUCCCUGAGCUCCAACAGGAUGGAGGUCCUGUGCGCCGCCGCCGCUGCUGCUUCUUCUCGCAUGUCGGCCAACUGAUAUAAAGUUCACACUCUGCGGUGUUUUGUCCUCUUGUUUUUAAUCGUCGUUUCUGUCCGGACACAUUAAUCCUGAAAUUUCAUCUCCUUGUCAUUUUUAGUUUUAUUGUUUUAUUUCCCCCCCCCACUCUGAUCAUCGCUGGAGUGUCUUUUCGGGAGAGAAAGGCUUCCAGGGAUGGAGUCGAUGCCCGGACAUCUUGGAGACGCGGGACGAGACGCCAGCUCCUCCCCGAGUUUGAAGCAGGACGCUCAGAGCUUUUCCGGCCCAAACUCCCUCAAACCGAACCAAGUGAGUGAAACCUCCCUGUACGGGGUGCCCAUCGUGUGUCUAGUCAUAGAUGGGAAAGAGAGACUCUGCCUGGCACAGAUUUCCAACACCCUGCUGAAGAACUACAGCUACAACGAGAUCCACAACCGCCGCGUGGCUCUGGGCAUCACCUGCGUGCAGUGCACGCCCGUCCAGCUGGAGCUCCUGCGGCGCGCCGGGGCUAUGCCCAUCUCGUCCAGGCGCUGCGGCAUGAUCACCAAACGGGAGGCCGAGCGGCUCUGCAAGUCGUUCCUGGGGGCGCACAGCCCCCCGAAGCUGCCGGAGAAUUUCGCCUUUGACGUGUCGCACGAGUGCGCGUGGGGCUGCAGAGGCAGCUUCAUCCCCGCCAGAUACAACAGCUCCAGGGCGAAGUGCAUCAAAUGCAGCUUUUGCAACAUGUAUUUCUCCCCGAAUAAGUUUAUCUUUCACUCCCACCGCACCCCGGAGUCUAAGUACCUGCAGCCGGACGCGGCCAACUUCAAUUCGUGGAGACGGCACCUGAAAUUGACGGAAAAGAAGCCGUCUGAGGAUAUAAACCACGCGUGGGAGGACGUUAAGGCCAUGUUCAACGGGGGGAGCAGGAAAAGGACUCUGCCCAUGAGCGGGUCGGGGAUGUCCUCGUCGCUGAAAUCGCAGGCCUCGUCCAGCUUGGCUCCAACUAGCUCCCCUGAGAUCCCUCACAAAACUUUACGGUGCGACGAGGAGCAGGGAAGCAAUAACUUGAGCUUGGCUGGCGGCGCGCGGAGCUACCCCGUCAUCCCGGUGCCCAGCAAGAGCUUCGGUAUGCUCCAGAAGAUCCCCACACCCCUGUUCCCUCCCCACCCGUAUGGCUUCCCCAGCUACGGGCUGUGUCAGAAAAAGAGCGACGGGGUGACUGACGGCAGCAAGCCCAGUGUUCCCGGGGUGUUUUGGCCCGGCGCAAAGGACUCCCUCUACCCAGCUUUCCCCAUGUUCUGGCCCGCAGCCGGUGGGCUGCCCAUGCCGCCCUAUCCGGGCUCCCCGCCCAAGCCUCCGGCAGAGCGGCCGGGCGUCCGGCAAGCUGAGUUGGACCUAUCUGACCAAAACGACCGGGGCGCAAACACACCCAAAGACACAAACCCGCACCCCCACCACGAGCGCAGUCCCAGCUCCCAGUCCUCCUCCACCAGGAACGACGAGGACAAGUCCGGGGACGAGGCCUCCCAGAGGAAGAUCAGCUACAUCUCGGCCUUCAGGCCCGUGGUGAAAGACGCGGAGACCAUCGCCAAACUCUACGGCAACCGGGACGGGUUCGGCGCGCGCCCGGGCUACCUGUCCCCUGAUUUCAUCAGCGAGAGCUCCAGCUACAGGUCGGCUUCUCCGGAUAGGGACAGCGUGGUGGACGACGAAGACGACGACCCGGACGUGGACGUAGAGUCCAACCGGGGUCCGGAGGAAGAGGAGUCGGUCCUGAUCUCCCCCGGUAGGGACUUGCAAGGGUCCGUCGCGCUCGAACGGGUCUGUUCUGUUCCUGAGGAGGGCCAGGAGCGGCCCGACGGCUCCUCCAGCCCCGGGGCAGCUGGGGCAUCACCGCAGGGCUCGUCGGAUGAGGACCGACAGAUGCGCAACGGCUCCCCUCUCCAUGAGGUGUACCCACAUGAAAAGGACGGCCCGGUGCUCCUCCUGAACGAACCUCCUUCCUACGGCUCCAAGCAGUCCAGCAGAGCCAGCGGCGUCCAUCACAUGACCGAGACACAAACGCAGCGCGGUUCAGCGUCCUAUCCAGAGCAGAAGGACAGACAAGGUGAUGGAGCUUUACGCAUCGACAUCAGCGUCCAUGAGAGAGAUCUGGAGAACAUGGCCAAAGAGGAGCUGCAGAAGCAGCUGGUGGAGCAAGUGGAGCUGAGGAAGAAGCUGGAGAGAGAAUUUCAGCAUCUGAAAGAUAAUUUCCAGGACCAAAUGAAGCGUGAGCUGUCCUACAGAGAGGAAAUGGUCCAGCAGCUGCAGAUUGUUCGAGAAGCUCACGACGCCCUUCACCAUUUCUCCUGCAAGCUGCUCACUCCCCGCCAGUGCACCGGAGCCUGCACCUUCAAGCCGCCCCUGCUGCCCCCUUAGUGCCACCGCACCCCAGCAGCCCGAGGAAUCGCACACACACUCACACACACUCAAAGAUCCGGCCUCGAGAGCCUUCAUGUGUUCACCUCUCCCACCUGUAACUCCGGGACUGCUCCUCGACCUCCUCCUGCUGCUGCUGCUCUGUGGAUAUACCUCUGAGAGAAUCCAUCAAGGCUCCGGAGGAGACGGACUGGGCCGCGGCCUCUCCUCCUAAGAACCGGACUCUUGUGUUAAAGAGGAAACGUGAACUUCACGCUGCGAACCGGAGGACUGCUGAUCCGAAGCUGCAGAGCUCAAACCAAGGAACGAAUGGAAACUGUCUGCUCUUUCACUACUCUGAAGAGAAAAAUACAUUAUAUACAUACAAAUAUAUAUAUAUAUAUAUAUAUAUAUACACGUCAUGUGACAAUGUGCAAUGCUUGUAUUUAUUAUGACAUUAAGUUAAAAGCUCAUUUGUUAGAUUUUGUUGCAUCUUUGAAUAUGUUUUUACAUGUAUUUGUAAUUUAUCUUGGGUUUGUACACUGUGUUUGUCAUGAAGCACUUUAAACGGACGACAUUUCCAAACACCAAGACUCCCUCCUCCAAUUCGUCGUUGCGUGUCACAAACGCAGCACGUAGUAACGAGCACUUACCGCAGCGACCCCUUCAGGUUUUCACUUCAGACUGUAAAGAAAUGUUCUGCAACAAGCUAAAAGGACGAAGACGCAGCAAAACAAUGAUGCAUCUGUUUAAGAAUGUUUCUCAUUCUUGCUUUCUGUUGAAUUUGUCUGUCUCAGCAAACUGAACCAAAACCUUUUUUGUUUUCACCUGAAGCGCUUUUUAUACGAACACUGUUCCAAGUAUGUAAACUACAAACUCCUCCUUUUUUUUUUUUCUUGUUUCUGAACUCGUUCAAAAGAAGAAUCGACUCUUGCUUUCUGACACAAACACACCAUUCUCCUGUUUAUCUCUGUACAAAUUCAAAUAAAACCUGAAAAGCAAAAGCUC